AAAUUCCAUUCAAAGCCCAAUCUCUCAAUUCCUCCCCCACUCUACUUUAAUUCCCACUUUUAUCUUCAGAUUCCAGAAUUCAUGGCUCUAACGAACGAGGUGGGAUUAAGGUUGCUUUUUUCUCCAGUUAGUUCCAACAUUGUUGUUCGGACGGCAUGUUGUACAGUGGGGACUAUUCUACCUGUUUACUCGACUUUUAAAGCGAUUGAAAACAAUAACCAAACUGAGCAGCGAAAAUGGCUUCUUUAUUGGACAGUUUAUGGAUCUUUUACAGUUGCUGAAGUGUUUUCUGACAAAAUCCUGUCUUGGUUUCCUCUCUACUACCAUGCAAAGUUUGCUUUUCUAGUUUGGCUUCAACUCCCAUCUUCCAAUGGAGCCGAGCAUUUGUAUACAAGCUAUCUCCGUCCGUUGCUACUCAGGCACCAAGCUAAGCUUGAUAAAGUGCCGGAGUUCAUUUACAGGGAAAUGACCAAAAUCAUUAACGCACACCAAACAGAAAUCAAGUUUGCAAAGGCACUUUUCAUGAAGCUCGUAGCAUCAGUGCACCAGAUAGUUUGGGAUUUUAAUCACCCUGUGCAAACACCGCGGAAUCGUUCCAUCGGAGGUCCGAGGCAAGUAGAUUCUUCACAUACACAAUCAAACAUUGAAGACUGAUGCUGCCAUAAAUUUGCAGAUGUUUCAUCUGGUUCAAUAUUUGUUUGUAUCAUCAUUUCUCUAGUUUAUCAUAGGCUUAAAGGUUUAGUAUUUUAUUUUACAAAGGAGAUUCUGAUGGAAAUAUAACUUGGAUCCAUCCUACUAUCAUUUAUAUAUAUAUAUAUAUAUAUAUAUAUAUAUAUUC